AAGAAUGAAAGGGUUGGACCAGGGACAGUCAAGCUGGGGAUGAAUGGGCUAGAAUAUGCUGGAGGUCCUCCAGUCAGGAAAUGAGGAGAGGAGCCGCUACACCUGUGCAAGACUGAAGGGGAGGAGCCGGUACACCUGUGCAAGACUGAAGGGGAGGAGCCGGUACACCUGUGCAAGACUGAAGGGGAGGAGCCGGUACACCUGUGCAAGACUGAAGGGGAGGCGCCAGUACACCUGUGCAAGACUGAAGGGGAGGAGCCGGUACACCUGUGCAAGACUGAAGGGGAGGCACCGUACACCUGUGCAAGACUGAAGGGGAGGAGCCUGUACACCUGUGCAAGACUGAAGGGGAGGAGCCAGUACACCUGUGCAAGACUGAAGGGGAGGC